ACUGUAUAACUGUAUAUUAUAAAAUGUAUUUACUGUGUAAUUUUAUUUACCUUUAUUCUAAGUCAUCUUCCAUGGCUUGAUGGUUUGAAUUGAAUACAAUGGUCAAUUUAUAUUAUUUUUAAUUUUUCAUUAUUGUUAUUUAUUUCAAGGGACCCGUGUACUAAGCCUCUCAUUGAAACUAACUCAGACCUUUGACUUUGACCUCAACAAUAAAGAUAGUGACAAAUAUACAACAUAUAAAAAUACAAUUCAGAGUUCAAUUGAACGAAGCAACAAAAAUGUACUUGGCUAUCAGCUCAACUCUGCAUCAGUGACUGGUUUCAGACCUGGCAGUGUGAUUGCAGACUUCACUAUUACCUCAACAACGAACAACAUUGAUUUGGUUUCAGCAAACCAACAGCUUGCUGCCAAUCUCAUUAAUAGUGGAUUCAGUGUAUCUAGUGAUUUUCUCAGUCAAAGUGGAUUUCAUAAAAACAGCCGAGGUCAUUGGAACAGAUGGUACAUCAGGCACUUGGAAGCAUGUAAACAGUAACAGUGCAACAAGUAGCACCAGUAAUAAACUUCUGAACACUACUGAGAACAUUGCACAUAGACUCCCGGAUGAAGACAUUAUAAUAACAACAAUCUUCACUUCUUUAGAAAAGAAAUUGAUUACUGCACCCUUUUCUAAAACAUUUGGAAAAAAAUUCACUACGCAUAUAUAUAUUCCUGUGACUAAAGCCAAGAUGUCCCUCACCGUCAUAAUCUCUUCAGUUUUUAACAACAUCUUACCUGUUCGAAAUCUGUGCAACAAUGACAGCAGUCAGACUGGCACCAUGAUCAAUGGAGACGUAGCUAUGAUUGAGACAAACUCACUAAUUAACAACAUCUCUCUCUCUUUUGAUAUCAUAAAUACUAUAUUGGGAAAUCCUCAGUGUGUCUUCUGGAACUUUAGUCUUCUGAAUGGUGUUGGUGGAUGGGACUCGACUGGAUGGCAGUUAAAGCUAUUAGGGAAUGAACCUGAAAGAUACACAUGUGAGUCCAAUCACACCACCUCUUUUUCAAUCCUGAUGUCACCAUUUAACCUGGAUAACUUAGCCUUAAACUAUAUAACCUACAUUGGUGUUGGCAUUUCAAUGGCUAGCUUGGUUUUGUGCCUCAUCAUUGAAAGCAUCAUAUUGAAAUCAGUGACACGAAAUGACACAUCCUACAUGCGCCAUGUCUCCAUAGUCAACAACGCUUUCUCCCUCCUGAUUGCGAAGAUUUACUUCAUCAUUGGAGCAGCUGUUAUUAAACAAGAGGGUCCCUGCAGUACAGUGACGUUCUUCAUGCACUUCUUUUAUCUUGCCCUUUUCUUCUGGAUGUUGCUGAUUGCACUUUUGCUCCUCUACCGCACCCUCAUGGUCUUUUCCAGAAUGACCAGAGGAACAAUGAUGGCCAUAGGCUUCACUGUUGGCUAUGGAGCCCCGUUAAUCAUAGCUGUCAUUACUGUGGCAUCUACAGCUGGAGGCAAAGGAUACAUUCAACAAGAUUACAAUUGUUGGCUGAACUGGAAUAAAACAAAGGUUCUCCUGGCAUUUGUGAUUCCUGCUCUGACAAUUGUAGCUAUAAACUUUAUGGUGCUUAUUGUGGUUCUAUUUAAGAUGUUGAGGAGAGGAGAUAAACAUCCACUAUUGGACAUUGUUACAUGUGUGGCGCUUUUAACACCUAUCUUUGGUCUAACGUUGGGAUUCGGCAUUGGGACCUUGCUGUCACAGAACUUUGGGAUUCAUGUAGUGUUCCCAUUCCUUAAUUCACUUCAGGGUUUCUUUAUUUUGGUAUUUGGAACAUUACUGGAUAGUAAGGUCCGAGAAGCAUUGGCAGAAACUUUUAUGGCAAAUGCGUUUGAUUUGCAGAGUAUAGAACCAACAGCUGCCAGUAGAUUUCCUUUUUUUCAGGGUUUAUGGCAGAGAAUGUACAGAGCACCGAGUAGUUACCAGUAUGUCUUCAGGCAACUCCGAUACAGAUUAUUGACAACUCAAAUACAAGACCCUGCUACAAGGAUCUGUAUAACUACAAACAUCAAACAUUAUAUAGUAAGGGAGAGUGGGGAUGGUGGCAACACUUUUUGUAUUUAGUUCAAUUUCUCAGAGAUUGUUUAUAUGCAUUAACAAUGUAACACUGC